AUGGACUGUACACGCAACGAUCUGGGCCCGCUCUGGGGAUCGGUGUCCGGCUUUCCAACAAUCGCCCUCUUCCCCAGCGGAGAUACGAGUGGGAUGAUCGAGUUUUACGUUGGAAGCCGCAAGCCGGACGACAUGAUCAGAUGGCUGCAUACAAAGGCCGGCACAUCAUUCUCCGAUACUCCCCCGGAGGGGGAGAUUAACGACGAUUCGGACGAAGGGCUGUUGCCGAGGGCCUUCGUGACUCAAGCAGGCACCAGGCAAUUGGUCCUCUGCAGCCAUCAAUUCGCCUUGGUGAGGCCUGUGCUGAUCCAGGACCUGGAGCUUUGCUACGCGGGCUUCUGCUCUCGGAACGGCAUCUCAAUGGCCGGGGACCCCGUGCCAGCAACAGUUGAAGCCUUGGUCGAGCGGCACCGAGCCCUAUUCACCCUCCGCAAAGGUGUCGUGGGUGUGGAGAGGCUGGAGGCCAAGCAGUCUCACUCAAGGAGGUUGGCAGCCGUCGCAGAAUCUGUGGAUAAGCAAGGAGGGCUCUUCGCUGCAGAGGUAGGCGAGGCCGGCGAGGGAGUGAGAGAGUGGGAGGGCGAGAGGGGCAGAGAGCAUGCUCGCAAGAGCGUCGGCCGCCAGGAGGAAGACAUUGCCGAAACACAUGACCACGCGUUUGCUUGCCUCAUGGCUGCGAGCGAAGCCUUCACCGAUCGCUGCGAGCCGGAGAAGACCGAUGCCGGUCAGGUGGCAAGUUGCCUGGCGGCUUAUGAGACCUUGCGCUUUGUGCUGGUUCUCGGCCUGGGCUUUCUGGCCUGUCCGAGCGCCGUGCGUCUUGCUCGCGAGGCGGGCUCCUCGUUGAAGUCGGAGCUCGAUCACGAGGAGCUCUGGCGAGCCUGCUUUCUGCAGCGCUAUCCUGAUCGACCCGUCGUGGAGAUGGACUUUCGCCCCUCCGCACCGUCUCUUUGCCGACUGGCGCGGCGGCUGCCGCCCGCUGCAGGGCUCCGCCUGGACGUUGGCGACCCAGAGACGGACACCGGUGCGCACGACUGGCAAGCUGGACUUCUUGUCAUAGGAGGCCCUCGCAGCGGGAAAACCUGGCUGGUGCAUCGAUUCUGCACCGGGAGUGUGCCCGAUCGGCUGGACAAGGUUCCCAGCCUGGGCACGGACAUGCGCGUAGUUCGGGUGGGCAUGCGGUCCACGCCCCUCCGCACACGGGGUCGUUUGCGCAUCUGGGAGCCCUCGGGCUUCAGCCGCCAGCAGGCUUUGGGAGGCUAUUUGAAGGCCGCCCAGGUGGUGGUCGUUGCGGUGGAUGCCACCGAACUUCAAGCUCCAAGUGAAGCACAGCGGCUGCUCUCGGAGGCUUCUGAGGUCGUCCGCCCUGGAACCAUCCUGGGGCUCUGUGGCCUCCAAGUGGACCGCCUUUCGGCACCGGAUUGCCGAAGGGCAGAUCGCUUGCUCGGAGAAGUGGCCAAGAUGGCCCGAGCUGAGUUUGGGAUGUGCAGUGCCAUGACGGGCGCUGGGGUCGACGACUUCUUCUGCGCCGUCUUGGCUUCCUGCCAGGAGAGCAGCAUCGACCUGCCUGCAGCAGAGCCUCGGCAAGAAAGAGCCAAUGCAGGCGUUCCUCGGAUUGGCUGCCGGACCCACUGCUCCAGUGAAUCGGUCGUGCAGUUGUUUCAAGAGGAGCCACUUCGGCUUUGGCAAAUUCUGAUCGCACAGGUGCAAUUCGUAGUGCUUCUGCUGCCCGUGAUGUGCCUGUACGCCUUUGUCAUCUGGCAUGAUGCGGUACACUCAGCGACUCGAACCGACCUCGUGAGCCGGAACGCGCAGCACUUUUUCCUGCUGGACUUCCUCAUGGAGCCCCGAGCCAUGGCGAUGGCGCUCUUUUCGCUCGGCUUCGCCUCUUUACUUCUCGGAUCCUCGGCAUGCUCAAACUUUGCCAUGAACAACGACUACGGCAUCUCUGUUCGGACGAUGGACUUGGGAAGCAUCCCGAGCCUAGGCUUGCCUCUCUUGGCCGUGCCUGCGGGCUUACCUGGGCUUCGAUCUUCCAAGUAUGGCUACCUUGGUUUCGCAGCUACGAUCAUGGGAGUUAUUGAGGAAAAUUAUCUUUUUGGCGGCAUGAAUGAUGCGGGUCUCAGCUGUGAUGCGCAGACGUUGCUGGGAAGCAAGUACCCGGACGCUGCUGCCGGGAAGGACAACAUGGAGGCUAUUCUUCUUUGCCGGUGGGCUUUGGAAGGAUUUUCGACCAUUGACGAGAUACAGGAAGGCCUGAAGUCCGUCCAGCUGCAUGGCUUGCAGUCACCUGGCUUGUGUGUAACCGAUUCACCAACACCCGAACACUCAACGUGUCACUUUUCAUUAAUUCACGAGCUAGCUUCCCGAUUUCCUCAAGACGUUUUGUAA